AAGAACACAUACCAUUUGCCCCAAGAAGAAAAACCACAAGCAAUCUAGAUGUCACAUGAUUCACCAUACAAGAACUGACUGGACAACUUGAAACCGACACUUCCAUAUGGACAGGAUGCAGACAUGAAGACCAACUUAUGAGCACAGAGCACAAUGCACCCACUGCAACACCAACAAUGAAUCCAUGGAACAUAUCCUAAUGGACUGCCCACAAAACGCUAACUCCCUGAUCUGGUCCCUGGCCAGAUCCACAUGGCCCACAAAACAUGGAGCUUGGCCCAGGAUAAGCCUCGGAACAAUACGGAAAACCGUCAAAACAAACAGUCCAAGAAAGGCACAUCACGGCUACUGAGAAUACUUAUCUCUGAAUCAGCGCACCUCAUCUGGGUGCUGAGAUGCGAGAAAACGAUAAGCAGCACUGAAGCAAGGAAAAUUAAUCGAACCCAAAUAUUCCAAAACUUAGUCACAGCGACCUGGACUGACAUAAUCACGUCCACAGACCCCCUACCCAAGAACUGGGCCAUCGCCCUCGAGGUUUUAGUGGGUAUCAAGCAACCCAGGCCCUCUCCGAACGAGGCCCCCAGGUAGCCCAGAGCCCCACACACCCCGCAUAACGGGAGUGCGUAAGUGCAUUUUUCCUCGGACCGAAGCUUCAAGCUCCGCUAUAGCGCGUAUCUGUAGAACUAGAUUUACUCGGUUGCUACAAAUAUAUAUCGCUCGUCCAAAAUCUGGGGUGCAAAGACGGGCGAGCUGCUUAACACCGUGACGCUCACACACCGUGAUCAAGUUUGGAGC